GGGCCCUACGCCGUGCCGUACGACCGCCUCCUCGGCCGGUGGUGCGUCGUCGCGUCCACCCUCCCCCUCUGGAAGAACAAGCGCGACGUCACCAUCUCGUACUCGACCAUCGCCGGCGCGCCCCAGACGACGCUCGACGACCUCGUCGAGUUCCGCCGCGAGGGCGCAAAGCCCGGCAGCGCCAAGUGGAGCGUCAAGGGUGUCGACACGCUCGAGACGGACGUCGAGGGCAAUGGCGCCAGGUGGAAGUGGCGCGGCAAAGGCUGGCUCCGCAUCUCGUCCUCGCACUGGCAGCUCCUCGGCUUCUCGCUCUCGCCCCUCCUCGACGCCCACCCGGCCGCCGCCGCGUCCACCAUCCCGCUCGGCCCUGCGCCGACCCCGUCUCCCGACUGGGUCGUCACCUACUUCUCGUCGACCCUGUUUACGCCCGCCGGCCUCGACGUGUACGCGCGG